ACGGGCGAUUAGUAUAUUCCAACAGACAUGCGCAGAAUAGAAAACUCGUGUUGCCGAAAAAUCAAAAAUACUCAUUAAAUGUUUACUUUUAUAUUUGAUUUCUUUUCAACAAAAUGGUGAAACUCACAGCAGAACUUAUUGAACAGUCCGCCCAAUACACAAAUCCUUUACGUGAUCGAGAGUUAGACCUUAGGGGGUACAAAAUUCCUGUAAUUGAAAAUUUGGGAGCUACUUUGGACCAGUUUGACACAAUAGACUUUUCUGACAAUGACAUCAGGAAGAUUGAUGGCUUCCCAGUAAAGGUUGUGUUUUGGGGAAGAAAUUAUUUCAUUUUUUCACUGAUUGUUUUUGGCUUUGUUUGCAGACGAAUAGCAGAAGGGUUGGAACAAGGUAUACCAAAUUUAGAAACACUGGUGUUGACAAAUAAUGGUUUACAAGAACUGGGAGAUUUGGAUGCCUUAGAAUCUCUGAAAAAUCUUAAAUAUAUCAGUUUGAUGAGAAAUCCAGUAACAACAAAGAAACACUACAGAUUGUACGUGUUACAUAAAGUACCUACAUUACGAGUGCUAGAUUUUCAAAGAAUUAAACAAAAGGAAAGAGAUGCAAGUUUGAAAAUGUUUAAGGGCAAGAAAGGUCACGCAUUGGCAACAGAUAUUGGGAAGAAGAGUAAAACAUUUGUACCUGGUGAACAUUUACCUGAAAAACGAGCUGAUGGUCCAUCCAAGGAAGAUGUAGCUGCAAUUAAGGCUGCUAUUGCUAAUGCAAAGACAUUAGAAGAGGUAGAGAGACUAAACAAUAUGCUGAAGACAGGUCAAAUACCAGGCCGAGCUGCUCUCAACAAAAUAGCACGAGGUGAAGAUGAAGAGAUGGAAGUAAAUGGGACAUGAUUACCAUGGCAACAACAUUAUCAUACAUAGACAGUUUUAUCAUCAUCAUCAUCAUAAUCUUCAUCAUCAUUAUUAUCAUCUAUGCUAGUGCUAAAUGCUUGUCUGAAGUUUGUUAAAAUUGAGAAAUGAGGAAAAAAUCUAUUUAAGAUAGAUUGUUGAUGUCAUUCAUCAAUGAUAACAUUUUAAUUAUUUCUAUUGCAUUAUUGAUGAUUUUAAGGAAAAUUUAUGAUUGAAUGAAAUGGAGAUUUAGCGAAAGAAGAAAACAUAUUUUGUAUUAUUAUUAUUUCUUGAAGUUCUUGUAUUGGAACAGUUCAUUAUUUAUAUUUUACGUUACAUUUUACCUAAAAUUAGUCUGUGGGUAUAUGACAAGAUCAUAAACAAAACAUUGAAUUACAUAAGAAUGAUUAUUUACCACACAACUAUAUUGCAAGAUUUGGAUAAGAUAAAUGUGUAUAUAUUUGUGGGGAGUAAAUGAAUACUUCAGACUGGCAUUUGAUACUAAUGUGGUCUUUUUCUAUUACAAUGAUUUGAAACAAAACUAUCAGUUGUUAAAACUGAUAAGAAUGAUACACACUUAUUAUUGAAAAUCAAAAUUGAGCCAGAAAACAUUUAUAUUGAAGCCAUGCAUUAGGUUUUAUCUGAUAUUAUUAUAUUUGGAAGUAGCGACUCUUGUACUGCUGGACUAAAUCCCCAAAAGUAUAAUAUAUAAUCUAAGCAUGCGAUUGUUUUGAAUUACAUAAAUUUAAGUCUAUUCUGUUGAAAAAAAUAUGCUGUACGCAAUCCUAUCUUGGAUGUUGUUGAAUUAAUUAAUCCAAGUUCAGUUAUUUAUAAAAGGAACAUACUUUUUAUGAUAAAUGCUACUUUUCAACAAAAGAUUAAUGAAGUCAAGAUAAUUGAGUGUUUUCUGGCUAGCUGUAUAAUUUUUUCUGAUAUUUUGUAGUUAUCUAUACAUUUGUCUUGUGAAUAAAAAAGGUUGAGAAGCGA